AUGAUUCGUCGUAAUCGCUUGUCUGAAUUGCAUCUUCCACGAUUGCGACGAGCAAAAAUGUUUGUCGAAUUUGACAAAAAGGAGAAAGAAUUGACGUCGAUCGAGAAGACGUAUACACUGGAGAUCAAAAUCAAUGGGGUCAAUGAUCCACCGGAGCUCAUCAAACGCACAAAAGACGAGAAGCUUUUGAUUGCGUCGAAGGGAAGUCGCGUAUUGACUAGUGAGAUAAUCCAAUUGACCGAUGAAGACGAUAGGCCGGAUCGUGUGAAGGUGCAAGUUGUCGAGGCGAAUGGUGUUCACGUCGCUGUGCACGGUCAGAAGGUCAAUGAGUUCACGCACAAGCAACUCAUUGACGAGGUGGUGUCGAUUGUCGAUGAAGGCGACGUCGAGAUGGGCUCGAUUCGGUUGUUGGCGCGAGACGGCGACAGUCGCUCGAAUGUGCUCACCGUCAAGACGAGAUCAACACAAGUUGACGUGAAGCUGGUUAGCAAUACUGGCCUCAAGCUGCUUCAUCAUUCCUCGGCGACGAUCACCAAACGCAAUUUGUCGUUUGAAGCGUCGAUUCGUGAUAUGAUUGUGUCGUAUCGAAUUGUAGAUUUGCCCGACACCGGCGUCGUUGAAUGUCGAGUGGAAGGCGAGAGUGAGUUCAGCAUGUGUACGUCGUUCAGCCAAUCGCAGAUCAACGAUGAAGAAGUGAGGUUCAGACAUACGAGUAGCGCGAGCUCGCCGUCGGACAUGUUCAGCUUCCAAGUGGAAGCCGGCGAGUACGCCUCUAUGGUCCACGUGUUCCGCAUCGAUUUCAUUCCGAUGAACGUCAAAGUGUUCACGCGAGAGCCGUUCGUGUUGAACGGCACCGAAGUGGCGACGAUUGGCCGCCAAAAUUUGUUCGCGUGGACGUUUCCCAAGAGUUUCUCGUCGCAUAAUUUGAUUUAUUUCAUCGACGAGCCGCCAAAAUUGGGCACGCUCUCGAGGCGAAUUGGCGCGACGAAGAAGCAACGACGAAUCGGCGUCUCGUCGAAUUUCACACAACAGGAUAUUGAUGAGGGCAGUAUUAGCUAUAAGCUUCACUAUCAGCAAUAUUCGAUUGUCAAUGAUUUCUUCAUGUUUCGCGUUGUGUCGCCAGCGGUGUCGUCGGCGUUGCUUCGAUUCGAGAUAGUUUAUGUACCCCAAGCGUCUUCGAUUCGCCUGAUCAACAAGACGAUUGUCGUCAAAGAGGGCGAAUCGGCAUCGGUGACGCCGGAUUUCCUCUCGCUAUCGACACCCGACGAUUCGGAUUUCGUUUUUCGCGUCAUAACACCCACCGUUCACGGCACACUACGAUUGCGCGACGCGUUCUUGAUGACGAUUCUCAAGAAGGACUCGAAUUUCACGACGAACGACUUGAUGAAGCAUCGUCUCGUCUACACGCAUUCCGAUGAUGAGUCGCGUUCGGACGAAUGCCGAUUGUUGGCGAUAUCGAGCCAAAACGCGCAACGACAAGUGCCGCUCAUAUUGAGUUUCUCGAUUAUUUUGCUCAACGACAAUGCGCCGAGUGUCUCGAAAAAUGUGACCCUCUAUAUGGUCGAAAGGGGAGAGCGCGUUUUGCAUGAUUUUCUAUUGCCUUGGAAAGAUGAUGACGUGGAUACGCCGGCGCUUCUGUUCGAUUUUGCUCAAAAUAAAGAUGCUGCAAUUCUGUCAACGGUUUCUCCAUACCUUCCGUUAACGUCGUUCAGUCAACAUGAAAUCGACGAAGGAAAAGUGAUGAUUCGUCAUUUAGGGCAUCAUAGUGAAUUCGACAUCAACUACACUGUCAGCGAUGGAGUGCAUCGCGUCGACGGCCGAAUGCACGUGGUCGCCGAGAAGCCGAAAGUUUGGGUGCAACACUCGGAGGCAAUUGUCACUUGCGGAAGCACAAUGCCGCAAAUUAUUCGACUCACGUCAAAGAAUCUCACCGUGCUCACGAAUCUCGACGUUCGACUCGUCGAUAUUGUGUAUUCGAGCAACUCGACGCGAUUCUUUAUUGGUGCCAAUCGGCGGGUUGUUUCAACGUUCACCCAGAAGGACAUUGACGCCGAACUCGUUUGGUAUACGGUUGCCAGCGAGAACGAGCUGGAAUCAUUGAACGUGGCGAUUGCCGAUCGUCACCUCGAUGUGCAAUUUGUCGUCAGAUGUGUUGCGACGCAAGGAGCUUACGACUAUCAACAACAUCAAGUGUUGCGAGUGCCGAUGGGCGGCGCGACACUAAUCGAUCAUACGGUGUUGGGAGAGUUUCUCAACGAGCAUCUGAUCUACCAAGUCGUUCGCCAGCCGUCGAAUGGAUAUCUUUUGCUAGACGAAAAAUCGUUCUCGUCGAGGGUGUCGCGAUUCACGACGAGCGAUGUGAAAAAUGGAAGAGUGCAGUACGUGCACAACAACGCGAAUUCAAUGAAUGAUUCGAUCGAUUUUCAAAUUCAAACGCAGACGAACGGAAUUCCGCUGUUGUUCACACUUGACAUUGACGUGUUCGUGCGAAAUGUAUCCAUGACGACGCGUCCGUUCACUGUACCCGCCGGUGGACGAGCUCCGAUCACACCUGAGGUACUGAAUGUGACGACGUCGGAAAACGAUGAGGACGCGGUGAUCAGUGUGAUUUCACCGCCGACGUCGGGAUGGAUAACGACGCACAGCUUGAAGAACGUGUCCAACAUCAAUUCGAUCGACUCGUUCACGUCGAAAAUGCUCGCCGCCGGUCAUGUGUGGUUCGUUUCCGAUGGCUCCGAGGGCAAUGAUAGCAUCGCUGUUCGCGCUUGUGUUCAAGAUCAAUGCACUGGAGCGCAGUUGCUUCAAAUCAUUGUCAAUCAGAUAAACGUUAAAGGUCCGGUAUUAAUUCGGAAUGAAGUUCUUCGGGUAUCUGGAGAGAAGGCGUUGAUCACGAAUUUGCAUCUCAAUGUCAAGGAUGAAGACACUCCCUCAAAUUCGAUCAUUUAUCUGAUUUCGCCGCCGUCUAAUGGAAAAAUCGUGAAAAUGCCGCAUACGCAAGAAGCGAUCACGAAUUUCACUCAAUUCGACAUUGAUCAAUCGCACGUUGUGUUUUUAAGCUCGAACAAUUCGAAUCCGUUCGGUGGCUUUAGUUUUCAUGUGAGCGAUGGAAUUCAAAAAAUUGGUCCCGAAUGGUUCAGCACCGAAUUGUCAUCGAGCUCGAACAUUCUCGAAGCGAAUGGACGAUUGGUAGCGUCUCCCGACAGUGCUGUAGUCAUCGGAGCGGAACUACUUCGCGCAAACAUGCCGGGGACAAAACCCGAGGAAAUUGUUUUCACCAUUCUCAAACCUCCAAAAUAUGGCGAAUUGUUGAUCGAUGGUAUAAAAGGCAACAUUUUCACUCAAACUCAGAUAAAUCGCCGUCAAGUGGUUUAUUCGACGAUAGGGACCAUUCAACAAAACGAGUGGAGUCGGCGAGAUUCAUUCUCAUUCAAAAUCCAUCGUAACAAUUCGAAACAAGCGCUGAAUUCGAAUGAGAAGUUUCGAAUCACUACCACUUACGCUGCUCUAUCGGACAAGAUCAUUUCGAAAUAUAUCACGACGAGUCCUUUGAUCGUCUCACGCGGCGGCUCGGCGUGCUUCAAUCAUUCACAUCUUGACGUCUCUUCGUUGGUUGAUACUGUUGACAAGGAGGUGGUUAUGAUCGAGAUUGGAACGGAGCCUCGGCAUGGACGCUUAGAAUGGCUUGACAAUGAGAGGAAACGGAUGUCGUGGACGGAACUCCGAAGCGCGUUCUUUUUGAUCUACCAACACAACGAUCAAGACGUCGGCGACGAUUCGCUGGUGUUUCACGUGUACGCGGCGCGCGAAUCGACGAGACGUGCCAGUCGAAUUCGGGUGUCGGUGAUGAUCAAAGUGAGAACGCCGCCCGAUCCCAACGUUCAAGUCGUCCUAUUCCCAUCGUCGGUUAGUAUUCUGAAUAGCGGAUCGACGCCGCUUCUCGCCGACAUGCUCAUGACGCGCCAUAAAUCGGUUCCGCCGCAAUCGAUUGUGUACCGAACGAUUCAGCGUGGCGCGAAUGGUGUGACGAUACGGAAAAAUGAUGACGAGGUGAAGAUGUUCACGCAAAAUGAGAUUAACGAGGGAAAAAUCGCGCUUUGGCACACAUCGAGCCGUCAUCAAUCGGUGAGCUGGCACGACGUCAUCGUCGUCGACAUUGAAGGCCACACGCGAACGAUCGUCGUCGACAUCAAACCGCUCGAUUUGACGCUGAAGAAUCACAGCACGAUUUGGUAUCCGCAGGGCAAAACGUACGUGGUGCUGAGCAGUCGGCAUCUCGGCGCGUUUUCGAACGGCAACCGCGAAAUGCUCAAAUACAAAAUCACGAGCGGUCCCGAGAAUGGCACGUUCUAUUGGGUGGCCGGCGAGAAGGAGGCGAAAGAGUUCACGCAGAAGGACAUCGACGAGGGACGCAUAUUGUAUGCGCAAUUGAACAUGCACUCGUAUCAGGACAGAUUCGAGUUUGUUGUCGAGAACGACUCGCGCGAUGUGCUUCGCAAUUCGUCCCAGCUAAUGGUUCGCGCGCUCGUCGCCGUGCAGCCGGUGAUUGUGGAGGCCGACACGGCGACGCCACUAACGAGCAGCCAGAUCAACGCAUCCGCUUUAAUGAAUUCGUCACCGCGCUUCUUUUUGACGUCACAAUUGAAAUACGGCCGGCUGACAUUUGAUCCAAACACAAAUUACACAACCUACUAUUUUACGUAUUCGGACAUUCAAAAGGGAAUUGUGUACUAUAAGGCGUUCAAGACGGAUGAGGAGGUUCAUGAGAUUGUGAACCUUGAAGUGCGCGCCGACAAUGUGCAACCAGCUCGAUUCUCACUUCCGAUCACGAUAUUGCGUGCCGAUCUCGAGCCGAUCGAGCCGAUCACGACAAUCGAGGAGAAUGAAGUGGGCGGCGAGCGGGCGAAAUUCGCGCCGUUUGGCGAAAACAGUGUGCCCGUUUGGAUUCUUGGCGCGAUUCUCGCAGCCACCCUCUUCAUUUUGUUGUGCAGGCGAUGCGAAAACGAUAAGAAGAAAAAGAAGAAGAAGAAGAAGACGGUGCAGAUACUCAACACCCAAUUGGAUACGCCGACGAGACUGCCGCCGAGUCCAACGGCGUCGAUGGAGCGCGUCGAGAAACCCGCUGAUCUACUAGGAACGACGGUGUUCGCCUCGGUGAGACAGGCUGAGGAUCGAAUGGCGAUGCAGUCGUUCAACAAGCCGCCGAAAUCGCAAGAAGAGGUUGAUUUUGUGCACCGAAAACCGGUUGGAGGAGUUGGUGCGGUUGCGCGUCGCCAGAAUGUCUCUAGUCUUGAUUAUGCGGGAAUUUCUUCCGACACGCCGCCACCAAUGCGUUUGUUCGACCAAGUCGCCAACACCCAACCGGCGAACCAUUAUUGGGUCUAA